AUGGCUUCAACUAGCAAUGGCACAGCCGACACGCUGGCGCAGCUCAACUCUGCGCGGGACCUUGCCUUAAAGGAUGCGAGUUACUAUCUCCAGAUCGUCCCCGCCGUCCUCGCGCUCGUCGGCCCUCCCGCCGGCUUGGACAUUCGAAGAUGGGGCGCGGAGUUCCUAGCAGAAGCAUUUGCGUCGCCCAGCCUGGCAGCGGAACGGAAGCAGGAGCUGAGCCUGACGGUUCUCGAUCUGCUGAAGGAAUACUUGGACACACCCGGGGAGGAUGUGGUGGUGGUGAAGAGUGUGGUACAGGCCGCCGCCAGCAUCUACCCGUUGGUUUUUAGGCAUAUCAUCUACAAUCCUACGAAUACAGCGACAUGGCAGAAGAUGACUGCCAUCAAAUCAAGCAUACUGCGAAGGAUGGACAGUGCCCCCCCGGGUGUCCGGAUAUGCUGCAUCAAGUUCGUCCAGCGCGUUGUACAGACGCAGACACCAGGCUUGAUAGCAGAUCCAAGGCGGCCGGAACAUAAUGAGAUCUCCUUAGCCUUGGUGCCUCGAGAUCAUCCCAUAAUCCCACCUUCCAAUCUUGAGGCGGAGACAUCUGGUCUCCUUGACCGGCUACUUGGUAUAUUGCAGGAAGAUAUCAGCGACCCCCUUCUCAUCACAGCUACCCUCAACAGCCUGGGUAGCCUCACACGAUCCCGUGCAUCAAUAGCCACUAAGAUCAUAUCUACUGUCCUGAAUUUCAACCCCUUCCGGCUCGUGAAACCCCCUGUUACGACGAAGAUGAAGGUUGUAGUAAGGUCUAUCGAGCGGACAACAAGGGCGCUUCUGCAGAACUUUGCUAAGAAGAAUCAAAACCACGCACUGGUAGGCAGAAUUGGUCAACACAUCGAGCAUCUCCACCAUGCUCGCGUGGCCAUGUUCGACGACAACAACCGCAAGCGCCCAGCACCCGUUGAGCCCACGGAUGGUCUGGAUCAAGCCAAGAGGCAGCGCCUGGGAGCCGAGGUCACAGAUGCUCCCUCACAAGCUCAGGAAGUGUUACCGCCACCUGGUAGUCGCACUUAUGCAUGGCUUUUCAACCGCAAUCCACAAGAAGCGUCCGCAAACUUUGACGUGAAAGCCAUUACGCCUGAAAUAGUGGCCAACAUAGUGUUGCCUCUAUUGAUCUACGCUGACAAAGCGAAAUUCGAUCAUGCCAUCAAUGCAACACAAGCACGCCUUCUGGCCCACCGCAGAGACCUCCCAGCCCGAACUGCUCUCGACGCCGCCGUCACAGCAACACAUAAGCCCCCCGCCGACGAAGACGAGGAAGAAUACGAGCCCGACUUCCCGCCAGCCGAAACCACCGAACAAAUCCUCAACAGGCUCGACAACGCGCCCCCGGAUGAACUGCCCCCAGAGCGCCCGCCUCCGGAAGUAGCACUCGGCCCGUUCAAGUUCCCGCAGCCGCCUCCGCUUACGGAAGCUGAGACGAUCGACUGCAGUAAGGACGUCGUCAACCGCGUCUUCGGCGUCAUGGCCGAGCUAGACGAGACGCCGGCGUCGAAGGCGCAGCGACCGGGCUUUAACCGGCUCGCAGCGAGCGGGUACGACCGUGAUGCGUGGGUCACGGUCAUCACGCGCAUAGCAACGCGGGGGGCGGCCGGGCUGGAGAAUGGCAUUGUCAAAGCUGAAGGCGAGGGGGAGCGGUCGAUAGCAAGGUACAAGAGUUUCUCGAUCAGCAACACGAUCCGCGAUGCGCUGUACCUCUAUGUCAUCGAGGAUUUCCGCCGCCGCAUCGAUGUCGCCAUCUCCUGGCUCAACGAGGAGUGGUACAACGACCGCAUCAUGGCCAAGCACGCUGGCGAUGCUGGACCGCCGGUCAAGCACUACGACAAGUGGGUCUUGAAGGUGCUGGACGGAAUCGUGCCGUACCUGGAUGCGAAGGAUAAGGUCCUUAUCCGCUUCUUGUCCGAAAUUCCAGGUAUUGGGGUUGAGGUGCUGGACAGGGUCAAGAAGCUGGCGCGGGAUCCGGAGAGGGUCAGCUUGGCGGUUAACGCGAUUCAUUAUCUCGUGCUCGUGAGGCCGCCGGUGAGGGAAUUGUGCGUUGAUGCGCUGGAAGAUCUGUGGAGGAAUUACGAUGAUGCGAGAGGUCCGACCGCGAAGGUUCUCAACAAGUGGCGGCCGCAUGUUCUACAGGAGGUUCCAAACGGCAUUGGUGCGCAGGUCAAAAGCGAAUGA